AUGGAAAUUGGCGAGAUUAUAGCACGAUAUACUUAUGGUUUGGAAAUGAAUUUUAUUAUGGUCCAUUACAUUGGAGCUAUUUUGGCUUUUGGAUGUGGUUUGGUAUACAUUUGGGCCCAAACACUCUUCAGUUAUUGGAUGCGACCUGAGUUUAUAAAAGCUACAGUACUACAUUGUCGCCUAUUUCUGAGUUGUUUGUCAACCAUUUUCUUCAUCACUAUGGGAAUAUUUGGAACAAUAUUUGGGCAGCAUGCAGAAAAUUGGUUCUGCUGCAAGCAACUUAAACGGACACUGGAAAGCAACCCGCAUUAUGUGGAACAUAUGAUUGCUACCUGUUCGGAAUGGUUGCUAGCAAUUUGUUUCGAAUUUUAUAUUCUUACUUUUGCAAUUGAAUUUCGACAUAUAAGCUGUCAUGGACCGAAACUAAAAUUGAAUUUGGAUACAUUCUAUCAAAUUAAUCAAUUUAACGCUGAUAACGCUGAUAAAACUACUGGGACCCGUAUUGAAUCUAACAAUAUGAGUGGAUAG